AUGACAUCGGCGUCAGGCUUCGGCGCUGGCAGCCCACUGAUCGCCGUAGCGGGUGCGGGAAUGUCGAGCGGCGAAUUCCACGACCACGACUGUGAUGAUGACUUCGGCUCUUCCAACUUCUUCGACUUUUCCAACAGCCCAGACACUCUACAGAGUCUGGAUACAACCGGCAACGGCGACCUCCAGAAGGGGGGGGUUCUGAACCCGCAGGAGCUGAUGGCCGCCGACCUUCUGCCCGACUCCCCCAACGAAUGCUACCACGACUCCUCCUCCGACUCGGCCUCCUCCACCAAACGGACCGGCAGCUCCACGUCGGCCAAAACCCCGGCCAUGUCCGGCGGCUACUCCAUCAUGGAAGAUGGCAGCAGCAUCAAGCUGGAAUGGCCCAACGUCGCCGACGGCCAAAACACCUUCGACGAUGACGACAACACCUUUGCCUUCGGACGCGAAGCCCAUCCUUCGACCGCCAUGGACGCCAUGGAUGCCAUCUAUGGCUUUGGCGGGACCGACGACAGUUUCAUGGACCGCUCUUUCGACUUCGAGGGCGCCUCCAGCAGCCCCGAGGCCCAAGCGGCACAUACGCAUAUGCCUUCCCCGGAGAUGCCCACCAUCAAGACGCACUUUCCGAGCAAGUCUCUCCAGGCAAACCGGGUCAAGAACUCGAAUCACAAGAAGAGGAUAUCCUCCGUGACCUCUUCCGUCAACGGGGCAAGAGCCGGCUCGAGGGACAUAUCUCCCAUGUCAGCCAUGGUGACCAGUCACGACUCCUCCCCGACGGCCACGUUUCUCAACUCUCCGUCACCUGCUCCCGCCCACGACCUUGUUCAAUUCAUAAAGGGAAGCAAUGCCAUGUGGCCGAACGGUGCCCGCCUGCCUCCGCACCCGAAACUAAACGGCUCUCCCCUCCCGGCUAUCCCAGGAGGUCUGGUGGAUCAGCAGUCUUUGCCUGCGAUGCCCCUGCAUCAGACACCCGUCGGUGCCCCGAGCCCGUUCAACUUCUCCGGCGUUGGCUAUGAAUUGAGGAUCAUGCCGACGCCUCUCAAGUCCCGCGUCGAGACACAGAUCCCCAUCAAGAUGACCCUGUCGCCCCUCCCCCCUGGCGUUACGAAACUGCACCUCCCCGCCCACACGAUAUCCAAGCCCAAGCUUUUGGCGAGGCCGCCGCCGCCGCGGUCGCCUGACACCCUGGAGCUGCAUGUGGCUCUGGUUUGCACCAGUGCCAUGGAGCCGGCCGGGAGGAGGCAAAAGGCACUCGAAAGGGCUGCCACCCUCCCACAGGGUCAUCUGCCCGAUCUCGACGACGAGAAUUCGCCACAGAAUGGUGGCGAUGUCCGCAUAUGCCAAGGCUGCAUCACGCGAGAGCGAAAGAGGGCUGCGCGGAAGAAGAUCAAGAAGCCGGAGGAGGAGAAGCUCUGGAGCAUGGACGAGGAGCGUCGUGUCGUCGUGUUCAACACGCAGGAGGUGAAGGAGUGGCAACCUCUGAGCGGCGUCAUGGAUCCCAGCGGCCGGCCCGAGAUUGUCGUGUCGUCGCGUGCCAUGCAGAUUGACGCCCCGAUGCGCAUCGCCUGCUACUGUCGACACCACAACGAGAAGAUGGGCUUCAAUGUCGUCUUCACCAUCAAGGACUUCCAGGACCGCGUCAUCGCCCAGGCCAUGUCCAACCCGAUAAUGAUAACAGACGACCACAAGACUCAUCCCAUGGCCCAGCCUGCCCCCGCCUCGCAGCCGGCAAUGGCCAUGUCGGAAGCCGCGACGACGUCGACGCUGCCCAAGUCUGCCGACGGGUCCAUGCUUGCGCAGAACGGGAACGGAAGCAGCAACGGCCACAUGUCGCCGUCCAGCGUCGACUUUUCGGCUGCUCCAAGGAACGGACGGCAGGCCUCGUACCCGGCGUCGACGUCGGCGUCUGGAAAGUCCACGCCAACCAUGGGCAUGUCCACCGUUUCCACCGCUCGAGGCAUAUCUCGGCCGCCAUCCCCGAGCCAGGGCCAGGGGGGGCCUAUGACGAAGAAGAGAAAGUCCAGCGGGACCGGGUCUCGAGUGCCCAAUGGUUUGACGAUGACGAGACUCGAGACGUCGCCUGCGCCGGGAUCCCACGCGGCGAGCGCACAAAUUCCGGCCGCCACGUCCCCUUUCUCCCCCAACCAUGCCGUUGCCUUCCCCCAGAUGGAGCAACUGUUCGGGCCGCCCGUCCAGCAACCGUUUUCGAACGGGCCGCCGACGCCCGGCAGCAGCGACCAGGCGCCCUUCUUCGGCAACAACCGAUCGGCAAGUAUGGAUAACCUGGCCCUGUCGCAGCUAUGCUCGGCGCCCGCCUCGAGCCAUCCAAGCCGUGCGCCAAGCCCCAACGGUCUCCGAAGCGGCGUCGCCAUGCCUCAGAACCAAUUCUCGCAACCUAUCCCCAACGGUCUUUACUCCCUCCCCGUGGCCGUCAACCAGGCGCGGCCGGCGCCCAUGAUUCAUAAGAUCAUUCCCAACGAGGGUCCCAAAAUGGGCGGCAUCGAGGUCACGGUCCUCGGACAGGCCUUCUUCCAAGGGUUGGAGGUCUGGUUUGGCGAUCAAAAGGCGACGACCACGACGUACUGGGGCGAUUCAUCCCUCGUCUGCCUUCUGCCCCCCUCUCCCGUCGCUGGAGCAGUUGCCGUGACGUUUAAGCUCCAGGGCGCUCUCGGCGCUCAAAGCUUGGCCAUGGGCAAGGAGCCCCCCAUCUUCAAGUACAUCGACGACAACGAAGACAAGCUGAUCCGCACCGCGCUCUCCGUCCUGGGCCACAAGAUGUCUGGUCAGAUGGUUGACGUCAGUGACCUCGCCCGGCGGAUCCUCAGUGAUGGGAGCUCGACAUGGUCUGGUGGCGGUGGUUCGUCAACCGGACCGACGGCUGCCGGUGGUCUGUCUUUCAAUCAGGCAUCUCACGAGCAUCUCGAAUCGCAACUUCUCAAGGUCCUCGACUUGGUUGAUCUUGACGACAGUGCGCACAAGACGCGUCUCGACUUGAAACAACCCACGGGUCACACGAUGCUCCAUCUCGCCUGCUCGCUCGGCUACCACCGCUUCGUCGCUGCCCUUCUUGCUCGAGGGGCGAAUCCGGAUGCCAGGGACAGGGGUGGUUUCACUCCAUUGCACAUGGCUGCCAUCCAUAACCACCCCGAGAUUGUGAGGCGGCUGAUGCUCGUCGGGGCGGACCCUACCGUACGAAGUUUGUCUAGCCUCACGGCGGCCGAUGUCGCUCAGUCGCGGUUCGUGCUGCGCGCCAUCCGUCAGUCCGAGCGCCACACUCGAUCCUUCAGCGGCGCCUCUCUGCACAGCCGAACGAGCAGUGCGACGUCGCUGAGGUCGCUAUGGGGACCAUUGACGCGGGUUCGCACCCACGAUCAUGCGGUUUCGCCCGACCCGGGUGAGGAGAGCCCUGAGUACACCUCGGGCGACUUUGAGGACGAGGAUCCCGACGAGACUUGCCAUGUCCGUAUGCGGCGCCAGAGCCAAUUGAGAGCAGUCGACGACAUGGACAGCCUAUCCGACGAUUCCGACGGGGACGCUCGAGCCCCUGGCUCGCCGACGACGCAGUUCGCGACCAUCAAGGACCAGCUCCAGCAGCAAUUCCAGCAACUCCAGCAGGCCAUGGCCUUGCAUCUCCAGAGCCUCCCCCAGAUACCCGCGCUGCCCGGUAUGCCUCUGCUGCCCGACUACCAGGCAUACCUGCAGCACGCGCCCUUCAUGCGCCGCAUGCAGCAGCUCAUUCCCGGCUCCGGAGCCCGUCCGGAUUCCCAGCCAGUUGACAAUCCUAAGAUGGAUCAUCGAUGGUGGGACAUAUCGUCGUACAUGCAGAACAGCUCGGCCGAGCCGCCUUCAUACGAAGACAUCUUUGGACGACAGGCCGAGACGAAACAAGAGUCGGCAAUGCGAGCUGCGGCUGACGCCGAAGCCGACUUGAAAUGCGCCGCUAUUUACGAUCAGCCAUCCGCAUCCGCAGUGAUGGCGACUGGGUCAGAAACCAGGCCCAAGUCGCCGAGCGUCCUGAAAAUUGGUCGCAAAAAUGCCAUUACCAAGGAGCAGCGGGAACAGCUCCUGCGGGCACACGAGAGGAAGCUGAAGAACUUGAGCAGCGACAGGAAUCUAUUUGUCAUUUGGAUUCCCCUUCUUUUGGCCAUGGUGUGCGCCCUCCUCUACAGCUACUUUCCCUCCCUAUUUCCCUUCCUCUGGACGUCGACCCGCGCGCUGGUGCAGGUCGGGCAGACCCAAGUAUUGCGUCUCAUGCCGAACAACGUUCCAGGGCACGUUGCCGAGGUCUAA